UUCUACUUGAAUGACAUAUACUUAAAUUGCAAUACCUGUGCUAACUGAGUCAGUUAUGUAACAAAGGCUCAUAGAGCAGAAAACCAAGUGAAAGUUUAUCUGAAUAUGACUCGAGACCAAGCUGAAGUCCAGUAAACAUGUUGCGAACCUCCUUGCUUGUAUGUCUCUUCCUGCAUCUGGCGCUCGCCGUCAUAGAGCAACCCGAUUAUGUGAAAACUUGUUUUAAAAAUCAACCGGGUUUUAUCAACUGUUCGACUCAUGCGGUGCAAGCCUUAUUCAACGCGAUUCCAAGAGGAGAGCCCAGAAUUGGGCUCGAUCCACUCGACCCUUUGAAAGUUCAAAAAAUUAAGAUCCUGCAAGGUGGAGGAGGUCCAGUGACAGUAAACGCAUCUUUAACCAACGUCACCGUCCUGGGUUUUGGCAAAACACAAGUGCUUUACAACAGCGUGGAUCCAGUUACGUACGAUUUCCUCACAAAACUGCGACUCGAGAGGUUGCGCAUAGAUGGCCUGUAUGAGCUUUUGGGUCGAAUUUUGGUCAUCCCGCUCCGGGGGAAAGGCAACUGUUGGUUCGAUGCCAAAAACAUUGAUAUUGUUGCCAAGAGUGACGUCAUUUUAGAAAAACGGGACGGUUUCCAUUUCUACAAUGUCACGGCAAUCCAUGUGAAAUUCAGUAUUGGUGGGCUAAAAUUGCACAUGUAUAAUCUAUUCGAUGGUAUUAAAGCCUUAGAGGACUCAACUAAUGCAUAUCUCAAUGCUAAUUGGAGACCGGUGGCCGAAUCCUUGAAUCCAAUCCUUUCCAAAACCAUCGAAGACAUAAUGAUUGAUAUUUUACGAAAAGUUUUCGAUAAUAUCCCUGCAGACUAUUUCAUAGGGGAUAUAGAAGAUUGAAAGUUUUCCUUGUGAUUAAUUAAGUUAGUGUAAAUUUAGAAAAUUCGACACACUUUCAUGCGCUGCUGAAAUAUUUCCAGCAAAAAUAAACAAACUUAAACUUAGCUCGUGAGUCACACUUUAAGGCGCAUACUUUUAAGCGAAAAACACCCCAUUUCAUUAUUUCGUUUUUCAGUAUUAUUUAUUAGAGUUUCAUUUUUACAAUAAAAAUCAUAAAAAUAAA